GGCGGACGUCGGACGCCAAGCCGAGCGGAAGAGACGUAAGGCGGCGCCGGAGGUGUCGUUAGUUCGUCGUGCGACUGGUCCUGAUUGUGGAGCGCGGCCUGCGCCCGAGGAGCUAUCACUAUGUCGAUCGAAAUCGAGUCCUCGGAUGUGAUUCGUCUUAUCAUGCAAUACUUGAAGGAGAACAGUUUGCAUCGGGCAUUAGCCACCUUACAGGAGGAGACUACUGUGUCUCUGAAUACUGUGGACAGUAUUGAGAGUUUUGUGGCUGACAUUAAUAGUGGCCAUUGGGAUACGGUUUUACAGGCUAUACAGUCUCUGAAAUUGCCAGACAAAACCCUCAUUGACCUCUAUGAACAGGUUGUUUUGGAAUUGAUUGAGCUGCGAGAGUUGGGUGCUGCCAGAUCACUUCUGAGACAAACUGACCCUAUGAUCAUGUUAAAACAAACCCAACCUGAGCGGUAUAUUCAUCUGGAAAACCUCUUGGCCAGGUCUUACUUUGAUCCUCGUGAGGCUUAUCCAGAUGGAAGUAGCAAAGAGAAGAGAAGAGCAGCAAUUGCCCAAGCCUUAGCUGGGGAAGUCAGUGUGGUGCCUCCAUCUCGUCUCAUGGCAUUGCUGGGACAGGCACUGAAGUGGCAGCAGCACCAGGGGCUGCUUCCUCCUGGUAUGACUAUAGAUUUGUUUCGAGGCAAAGCAGCUGUCAAAGAUGUGGAAGAGGAAAAGUUUCCUACACAGCUGAGCAGACAUAUUAAGUUUGGUCAGAAAUCACAUGUGGAGUGUGCUCGAUUUUCUCCAGAUGGUCAGUAUCUGGUCACUGGGUCUGUUGAUGGAUUCAUUGAAGUGUGGAACUUUACAACUGGAAAAAUCAGGAAGGAUCUUAAGUACCAGGCCCAGGAUAACUUCAUGAUGAUGGAUGAUGCUGUCCUCUGCAUGUGUUUUAGUAGAGAUACAGAAAUGUUAGCAACUGGGGCUCAAGAUGGAAAAAUCAAGGUAUGGAAGAUUCAGAGUGGACAGUGUUUAAGGAGAUUUGAGAGGGCACAUAGUAAAGGUGUGACCUGUCUAAGCUUUUCUAAGGAUAGCAGUCAGAUCCUUAGUGCUUCUUUUGACCAAACAAUUAGAAUUCAUGGUUUAAAAUCUGGAAAAACCCUGAAGGAAUUUCGUGGCCAUUCAUCCUUUGUUAAUGAAGCAACAUUUACACAAGAUGGACAUUAUAUUAUUAGCGCAUCCUCUGAUGGCACUGUGAAGAUCUGGAAUAUGAAGACCACAGAAUGUUCAAAUACCUUUAAAUCCCUGGGCAGCACUGCUGGAACAGACAUUACGGUCAACAGUGUGAUCCUGCUUCCUAAAAACCCAGAGCACUUUGUGGUGUGUAACAGAUCAAACACAGUUGUCAUCAUGAACAUGCAAGGCCAGGUGAGUGCUUAGGAAGUAGUACUUUUGCACAGGACCUCUGGGUCACUCCCAAAUUAGCAUGCUCUGGUCUUAACCU